AUGACUCGGCUAUGCGCAGUUUGUGGGGAUGUGAGUGAUGGACCGCAUUUUGGUGCAUUUGCGUGUCGUGCUUGUGCUGCAUUCUUCAGACGAACUGUCACCUUGAAACUUGAAUACAGAUGUCGUGCUGAUUCAGAAUGCAAUAUUGAUACGUUGGCUCGUAACAUGUGUAGAUCAUGCAGAUUCCAAAAAUGUCUUAUGGUCGGUAUGGUUGCCACAGCAGUCCAAAAUACACGCGAUGGAAUCGGAAAACGAAGCUCGUCAUCAAGUAAAUUGUAUCUUGACAAACAACCACGAAACCAGAACUAUGAACUUGGACUAUCAGCGGGACCGUUCGACGGUCAUUCGUCAGAACCGAGAUCAACAGUGAAUCACUCCUCAGAGCUGGUGAUUUUUAUUUCUUAA